AUGGGAACCGUAGAUCUGUUGAGGCAUUAUUUCCAUUAUCAGGAAGAAUACUAUAGCCCUGGUGAUCUCAUGAUUGGUGGGAAUUUUCUCCUGGCCACCAUUGCUGACUCCAACAUCCCAGACUUCCAAAAGGGCCCAUGGCGUACUUUCAGAGUUUACAUCAUACCAAGGAACUACCAACAGUCCCUGGCCUUGGUAUUUGCCGUCAGAGAGGUCAACAAUGAUCAGGUUCUGCUUCCAAAUAUCACACUUGGAUUACACAUCUAUGACAAUCAUCAGAUUGAGGAGAGGGUCUCUUUAACCAGCCUCUCCUUGCUCUCCACACGGGGCAAAGAGGCUCCGGGUUAUAAAUGUGACAGGCGAGACACUCUGAUCUCUGUUGUUGGAGGUAACAACCCCAAAUCCUCAAGGCAGAUGGCCUCCAUCUUCAGCACCUUCAAGGUCCCACAGCUUGGUGUUGGCUUUGAGUUCUCUCAGGGAGACAGAAGAGUUUAUCCUUCCUUCUUCCGGAUUAAUGCAAGUGAAUUUCCCCAGUACGUGGGUUUAGUCCAGCUGCUCCUGUAUUUCCAGUGGAACUGGGUUGGGCUUAUAGCCCCUGAAGAUGACAACGGAGAACGUUUCAUCUCAUCUCUGGUACCAAUGCUCAAGGAGAAGGAGAUCUGCCUGGCCUUCACUGAAAGGUUGAAAUCUGAAGAAUCUGUUAAUGUAGUGUCCAGAUUGGCUCUGCUUUUCCAUACCUGGUUUAAACUUGAAGUGAUUAUUGUGUUUGGAGAUACCUACAGUUUUACAACUGUACUUCAGAGUUUGUGUGUUUAUGAACACUUCACAAAGACAUCGCUUCAGAAAGUCUGGAUCCUACCUUCCUCUUGGGAACUUAGUGUGAUGGGAUCUCAAGAUGUAGGUCAAUUUAGAAGGCACUUCCAUGGAGCUUUGCAUUUUAGGGACCACACUGACGAUGUCUCAGAAUUCAGCCAUUUCCUCCUUUCUUUAGACCCUUUGAACCCACAAGGGUAUUCCUUUCUCCCUCCGUGGUGGGAAAGGCUCUUUGACUGCAAGAUCCAUAGACCAGGAGAGAUCCCUCCAAAGGAGGGGAAACCAUGUACAGGACAGGAGAAUUUACAGAAUCUGCCAUCUUAUGUGUUUGAAACAAGCAUGACUGGUGAAAGUUACAGUAUCUACAGUGCCAUGUAUGCUGUGGCACAUGCUUUACAUGCAAUGCAUGGUUCCAGAGUAAGACCAACCAGCAUGAGGUUUGGAAAGAGGAUCUCCAAAAUCCAGUCAUGGCUGCUUCUUCCCUCUCUGAGGAAUGUCCACUUCAACAACAGUGCUGGAGAGGAAGUCUCCUUCUCAGAAGCUGGACUGGGAUCUGCUCGUUAUGAUCUUCUCAACUGGGUUUUCCUCCCCAAUCAAUCAUUUGUCCCCAUGAAAGUUGGGCGUAUACAUCCUGAGGCUCCCCCAGGCCAGGAUUUCACCAUUAAUUCUGAUAAAAUCAUCUGGGCUACAAAGAAAGUGCCCUUUGCCAGGUGUGGCAUGAAGAGGUGCCAGGCAGGAGAGAGGAGAAGAAUUCUAGAGGGCAAGCAGGUUUGCUGCUACCAAUGUGACACUUGUCCAGAAGGAACCAUCUCAAAUCAGACAGAUGCAGCUCACUGUGACCCCUGCCCAGAAGACCAAUAUCCCAACAAGGACAAGGACCACUGCAUUGCCAAGAAGAUCCACUUCCUUUCCUAUGAAGACACCCUGGGAUACACUUUAGCAUCUCUUACUCUUUCUCUCUCUUUGAUGACAUUGGCAGUCCUAGCAAUUUUUCAUAAGCAUCGUGAUACACCGAUUGUCAAGGCCAACAACCGAGAUCUCACCUACAUCCUCCUGGUCUCCCUCCUGCUCUGCUUCCUCUGCUCCUUCCUUUUUAUCGGUCGACCCGGGAAGUUUACCUGUCUCAUCCGACAAACUGCCUUUGCCAUUCUCUUUUCCCUUGCAGUUUCCUCUGUAUUAGCCAAAACGCUUAUGGUGGUUCUGGCCUUCAUGGCCACUAAGCCAGGGAACAAGACAAGGAAACUCUUAGGAAAACCACUGACCAACUCUAUUGUCUUAACCUGUCCCCUAUUCCAAGCAGUUCUUUGUGCCACCUGGCUGGCAAUUUCUCCCCCAUUUCCCAACUUGGACUUCCACUCCUUGGUAGGAGAGAUCAUCUUGGAAUGCAAUGAAGGCUCAGCUCCAAUGUUUUACACUGUCCUCACCUACCUGGGUUUUCUGGCACUUGUCAGUUUCAUGAUAGCAUUUCUAGCUAGAAAAUUGCCCGACAGUUUUAAUGAAGCCAAGUUCAUUACUUUUAGCAUGCUGGUCUUCUGCAGUGUUUGGAUCACCUUCCUCCCCACCUACCUGAGCACCAAAGGGAAGUCCAUGGUGGCUGUGGAGAUCUUCUCCAUCUUGGCCUCUGGGGCUGGUCUCUUGGCUUGUAUCUUUUUUCCCAAAUGCUUCAUUAUCCUAUUCAGGCCCCAUCUUAAUUGUAGAGAAAAUAUAAUGAGGCAUAAGAAUGUCUUAUUUAUGUGGAAAGAUAAAUGGGGCUAUUAUAGACCUGGUGAUUUAAUUAUCGGUGGGAAUUUAGCCCUGGGAAUUGUUAGUUUCUCCGAUACCCCAGAAUUUGAGGAGGACCCAUUCCAGCUUUCUGAUUCAAUUACGCCCAUAUUGAAGAACUUCCAGCAGGUUCUGGCCUUGAUGUUUGCAGUGAGGGAGGUGAACAAGGAUCUGGUUCUCCUCCCCAACAUCACCCUUGGCUUCAUCAUCAAUGAUAAUAGCCAGAUUCACAGAAGGAUUUUGUUUUUCAGCCUCUCCAUGCUCUCCACAAGAGGUCAAAUGGUUCCAGGUUAUAAAUGUGACAGGCAGGACCCUCUGCUCUCUUUCAUCGGAGGUCUUGACCCCAAAUCCUCAAGGCAGAUGGCUUCCAUCUUCAGCACUUUCAAGAUCCCACAGUUCAGUGAUGGAUUUGAGUUCACUCAGGGAGACAGAAGAGUUUAUCCUUCCUUCUUCCAGAUUAAUCCCAGGGAAUUUCCUCAGUAUGUGGGCUUAGUCCAGCUGCUCCUACAUUUCCAGUGGAACUGGGUUGGGCUUAUUGCCCCUGAAAGUGAGAGUGGAGAACAUUUUGUCUCAUCUCUGGUGCCAAUGCUGAAGGAGAAGGAGAUCUGCCUGGCCUUCACUGAAAUAUUCAAAUCUGAGGAAAUGAUGGUUACAGUCAGACAUUUCAUUCGUAUUUUCAACAGUUGGCUUAAAGUUGAAGUGAUUGUUCUGUUUGGAGACUCCAGAAGUAUUGAAAAUAUACAGUUUGUUGUGUAUGCUCAACAAAAAUUCAGGGACACGUCAUUUUGGAAAGUUUGGGUCUCAACUUCUCAUUGGAACCCUAGUUUGAUGGUAUUUCAUCAUGUGUCUACUGGAGUAAAGAUCUUCCAUGGAGCUUUGCAUUUCAGGGAUCACAUGAGGGAUUUCUCAGAAUUCAGAAAUUUCCUCCUGUCUUUAGACUCUUUGAACCUACAAGGGGACAUAUUUCAUCCUCCAUGGUGGGGAAAGAUCUUUAGCUGCUAUGUCCACAAACCAGGUGUGAAACCUCCAAACAGGAUUGAACGAUGUACAGGAAAGGAGAAGUUACAGAAUCUUCCAGCUUUAAAAUUUGACAUGAACAUGGCAGGUGAAAGUUACAAUAUCUACAAUGCCAUUUAUGCUGUGGCACACGCAUUACAUGCACUGCACAGACCAGCCACGAUGAGGCUUGGAAAGAGGAUCUCAAAUGUCCAAACCUGGCAGAUUCUUCCCUAUUUGAGGAAUGUGCAGUUCAACAACAGCGCUGGAGAUGAAGUCUCCUUCUCAGAAGAUGGACUGGUAUCUGCUCGUUAUGAUCUUCUCAACUGGGUUCUCCUCCCCAAUCAAUCUUUUGUCCCCAUGAAGGUUGGACACAUACAUCCUGGGGCUCCAGUAGGACAGGAUUUCACUGUGAAAUCUGAUGCAAUUGUCUGGGCAGCACAGAAGGUGCCCUUUGCCAGGUGUGCCAUGAAGAGGUGCCAGGCAGGAGAGAGGAGAAGAGUUCCAGAGGGCGAGCAGGUCUGCUGUUACCAAUGCCACCUUUGCCCAGAAGGCACCAUUUCGAAUCAGACAGCAGAACAUCUGAUCUAA